UUGGUGGAAAUGUAGUAAGUGAUUCACAUUCGCCUGUGCGCAAUGGCACCGAGCGCUCCUCCUGCUCUCCCCCCGCUCGCCUCGCAGUGCUGGGCGCGCUGACCGGAUACCUUACCUCAGCCAGGAUGAUGCGUUUUCUCGAUGGCAUCUGAUGAAUUCUUCACGGAGAAACAGUAACAGGUCUGCCAAACAUAUCACCUCCCAUGUCACCGGGACGUCUCCAUGGCAAUGUUUAGCAGCGCAGAGCGGGCCUGGAACGAAUCAGACCGCCUCGAAUGGGACUCGGAGAGGAAUGAGAGUUCGGAGGCAUCAGGGCAGGAUGAGCGUAACUACUAUGCCAUGCUGUACUCCCUGCUCAUCCUGGCCAUCGUGUUUGGAAACGUGCUGGUGUGUCUGGCUGUGCUGAGGGAGCGUUCCCUCCAGACCACCACCAACUACCUGGUGGUCAGCCUGGCUGUGGCCGACUUGCUAGUAGCCUCGUUGGUCAUGCCAUGGGCUGUGUACUUGGAGGUGGUCGGCGGUGCCUGGCUUUUCAGCCGGCUCUACUGUAACGUCUUUGUCACGCUGGAUGUGAUGAUGUGCACCGCCAGUAUCCUCAACCUGUGUGCCAUCAGCAUUGACAGGUACACAGCAGUGGUGAUGCCCGUCCUGUACAACACCACCCAUCGCUCCAAGAAGAGAAUUUCUGUGAUGAUUGGCACCGUGUGGGUCCUGGCCUUCACCGUCUCCUGUCCGCUGCUGUUUGGUUUCAACACCACAGAUGACCCCAUGGUGUGCUCCAUCUCCAACCCCGACUUUGUGAUCUACUCGUCGGUGGUGUCCUUCUACCUGCCGUUUAUCGUCACUCUGCUGGUCUACAUCCGCAUCUACGUCUUCCUCAGGCUGAGGAGGAAGAGGAUCGCCUUCCGCCAGGCCAGCGGAAAGGUGGAGCCUGGCUCAGUGCCGCCAUCUGUGGAGACCUGUCUACAAGAAGAGACUCCCAAGGCAAAGCAGGACCUGUCACCUAUAAGGAUUAAAGUGCAGAGUGUGGAGCCUUCAAGUCCUUCCAAGCCCAACCUGCUGUCAGAAUGUCUGUGGCGCAAACGUCCAAAGACGGGCCCUCUGGAGAACUCUGCGCUGCCCCCGGUGGACAUGCAGAACUGCUGCAGCAUCAGCCACGCCUCCUGCGGUCGCACCGAGCUGGAUCUGGAGCAGGAGCGAGAGGAGGAGGAGGAGGAGGAGGACAAGGAGGAGGAGGAGGACAACAACCAGAACCAACGACCUACUGUCAGGAUGAGCUGCGAGGUGAAGGAUCUGUCCAAUGGACGAACACACACGUCACUGCGGUCGAUGGCUCAUUCUCAUAUCAACAACUCACGAUUCAGGAGCAUGCACGCUCGGGAGAAAAAGGCCACUCAGAUGCUGGCCAUCGUGCUCGGGGUGUUUCUCAUCUGCUGGCUGCCUUUCUUUGUGACUCACAUUCUGAACACCCACUGCAGGACAUGCUACGUGCCAUCUGGGCUUUACAGUGCUUUCACCUGGCUGGGUUAUGUCAACAGUGCCCUUAACCCAAUUAUCUACACCACCUUCAACAUCGAGUUCAGACGGGCCUUCAUCAAGAUCCUCAGCUGCUGAGGAAGACGGUGCACCAGGAAAUUGGAAAAACUCACAACCACAGUGUGGUGCAUUUGGAAAACAGUGACCACGGACGUAAGCUGGUCCCGGUCCAGAUAAGUAAACCGGUCCUGCAGGAGUUAAACAGUAACAGCGUAAAGAGGAUUUUUACUUCACUUUGUUCUCAACAGGGCUCGGACUUCAUUCGAACAGUAUUACUCUUCAAGUAAGACUUACUUUUUCACACGCAGUCUUAUUGAUGGCACACGGUGUUGGACUUUCUUGUGGAUAUGUCUUGUACAGUAUUUGUGCUGCUCUUUGGUGCAGGUCUUUCCAAUCGAUGUAAGUUUGGAAGCUCUUUGGACCUAUGAUGAUGAAGCUGAUAAGAGCGUAGAGCUGCGGGACACUUCGUCCAAAUGCCUGCUGCCACCGCACUGUGUGGAUUAACUGGUGUUACUCGCCCCCCUCACUCACCCCUGACUUCAUCACCAUCAGUUAUUCUCCAGUGCAUGCACACAUCACAUUUCAAGGAUGUUUCCUUGAAUUGUGCAGGAAGGAUUGUAUUGAAGAUUGUCAUAUAUAUA